UGUUUCAAUCAUAAAUGGGACUCCUCCUCACUAUUACAGCACCUCCAAGCGAUGUACCGGUAACCUACUUGCCUCUGUGUUGCUCAAACCAAGUGCCUUCUCCGUUCUUAGUAGCUACCCGUAUCUCGUAAUUGCAUUGACUACAAAGCCAACACGAAGCAGCUCCAGCCGGCUGAACAGCUUAUGGUGCUGUCGCCACCAUGGCAGACUUUGCAUCCACUCACCUGAAUCCAGAUGAACAUCUUCUACUAGACCAACCACUUCUCCGUUUACCCUUAGAACUCAACCGCAAGAACUUAAGGACGGCUCAGCGAGAGAUCGACUCGGGACAAAAGAAAGUGCCAACAUUGAUCAAGAACGCGGUCAACGCUGCACUGGCGGAAAAUGGACAGCAGGACCCCUCGGCCAAGCCCCAGGCCGAACUCGAUGCCACUCUAACGAGGCUCAAGAACCUUAAACGGAAACUCACUCACCUCGACGCAUCGAGCAGCACCCGAUGUGAACAACUUGACGCUCGGUUACAACAUCUCGACCAGUUGCACAGCAUGGAUUCUCUUGCCGACGUCAAGUAUGAGGUAUGGAGCCGCGUGCGGCUCGACUGCCUCCUCAUCGAUUAUCUCUUGCGCGCAGGAUACGUAGAAAGCGCGAAGCAGCUAGCCAUAGAAAAGAACGUUGAAAGUCUAGUCGACAUCGAAGCAUUUGAAGCGGUUGGGAAGAUUGAAAACGCUUUACGGCGAGGAAGCCUUUCCGAAGCGCUUGCGUGGUGCGAGGAUAACAAAUCGCACCUGCGCAAGAUGGGCAAUAGUCUCGAGUUCGAGCUUCGUCUCCAGCAAUACAUUGAGGCCGUACGUACGGGCAGGAAGGAGAAGCUCAUCGAAGCUACCUUGCAUGCUCGGAAACAUUUGGCGCCACAUCACGACACCGAUUUCGCCAUACGAGCUGCUGGUCUGCUCGCCUUCUCUCCCGAUACAGCCGCCGAGCCAUAUGCGACUCUCUACUCACCAUCACGCUAUCCGUACCUUGCCAAUCUAUUCCUCACCACCCACCAUGCGCUUUUUUCGCUCCCCACUCGGCCUUUACUGGACAUUGCGCUUACCGCCGGCCUGUCCGCGUUGAAGACCCCCACCUGCCACAGCGCCUUCAACACCUCCAGCUCCGGCGCCGCCGUCGGGGCUGCGACCGCCACCGUCUGCCCGAUUUGCAGUACCGAACUGAACGAAUUGGCGAAAGGCGUACCGUAUGCGCAUCAUUCGAAAAGCCACGUGGAUUCCGAGCCUGUGGUGCUUCCCAAUGGUCGGAUAUAUGGGAGAGAGCGGCUCGAAAAUAUUAACGAGAAGCUGGGGACCGAACCGGGCCAUGUGCGUGACCCGGGAGAGGUGGGCUUGAAGUUCAGAGAGCAGGACAUCAAGAAGGUGUUCAUCCUUUAAUCGGGGCGGAAUUCUUUAAAUUGUCUUAGGUGGGAGCUAUUAUUCUGGUGUACUGAUUGUUUUGCAUAGCGACGGUGUUUCAUUUGCUUAGAUGAUAUUGCUAGUGAACCGGUUCUUCACAAAGCCAUCGUCACUGGGAACCGAUAUAACGAGUCAAUGCUUCAGCUGUCUUCGUAGAUGGCUGUUUCUGUGUUUUUAUCCGUCCAGAUACAACUCCGAGCUAAGCUAUUACGACGGGUAGUUUAACAAUAUCGGCAAAGCCGUGCUCGCCCCUGGUUGAUUGACACAUCUCCGUAGCAUCUAAACACUUCCCCAUUCAUCAUGAUCAACACUAGGCCC